AUGAGAUAAAAGAGCUCUGUACUUUAGAAUGAAUUUGUAUUGAAAAAAAUGGUUAAGAUAGUGUGGCUUACCCAAAAAAAAGAUGUUCCUAAAAUAUAAAAAAUAGAUAUGAGUUUAUCUCUAUAAGGAAAAUUUAAGAAGAUAUCUAGAAUCAUUGAGACGCCCAUCACUUGUACUAUGAUAUAUUUAAAAUAGAUUGGAAGUAUUUCUCCUAGAUAGUAAAUCAUUUACAGAAAGAAAAAAGAAAAGGUAAUAGGAAUUUAGAUAUUAGCAAACUUCCUCUUCAAGAGAUUACUCUCACAAAAUUCAUAAUUCCUAAAGAAAAAACUUAUCAAGAUAUUAGUAGUAACUGAUAAAAUAACUCCCAAGCUUCCUAAAAUAUUCCAAAUCUAUGGUUUAUUUCCGCAGUUUCCCUAAUCUCUGUACUAUUUAAGGAAUGCGUUUUAAUUGCAUGAGAGCAUUCCUAAUCCAACUUCUGUGAAAGGAGUUAAAAAAAUCCAAUAAUAAAGUGUGAAAAAAACGAUAAGCAACUAAUUUAUUGUCAUAAAUGAUUUCUUAUUUUGCAUGUACCAUGAUCUUUGGUGGUUUUUUAUAUAAUUGAAGAUAAUUACGUACAAGGUAUAAGAAUAUACAAUAAACUGUAAGACUAGAAAGAAGAAAAUUGUUAAAUUAUCGCUUCCUUUAAUAAGUAGUAAAAACGUUCCUGUAGAAAUUUCGUUUAAAUGCGCAACCAUUGUUAUUUUUUGA